AUGAUUGCAACAAGCAUUUUCAAAACCAAAAACCACAAGGCCAAAAACAACUUGCGGAAUAUCGUCAUUUCCAACCCUUUAACAACAAAUGAACAAUUUGAGUUAGCACAGAAUGCACAGAAUGCACUUUUGCUGCUGACACACAUUCAGGAAACUAAACCAAGAGCACCCGCUCCGGCUACGGUUGCGGCUACUUUAGAGCUGAGACAGAUUAUUUUGAUGUCCGAAUUCGAAUUCCAAGCCGAGUCCGAUGUAGAGUUAUCAAUGCAGCCCAAAGAUUUCUUCAAACUCUUGGAAAAGCAAGGUGAUGGUUGGUUAAAAGUGUGCGAAUUGGAUAAUGAGUCUAAAUUUGGCCUUGUCCCUGCUUCGUAUAUGAAAAUAGCCAUGAACGAUCUCGAGAAUCCAAUUACAAAACAAUGGUUGCAAGAUUGCGAAAAUAAUGAUGUAGCAGAAGGAGCUGCACCUCAAGUUGAAUGCAAAACUAAUACCUUGGAUGAGUCAAUAACUUUAACCAAUCUGGAAAGCGGAUUCCAUCUCCCAACAGAAUGCCACGUAUAUGCAACAUGUCACGAUUCAAGGACCAAUAAGAUUUGGCACUGCAUCAAAAUGACGUACAACACAAAGUAUAUUUUUGUGGGCAAGACAUACGAGAACUUGGCUGCUUUUGCAUCAUGCAUCUCACAACACCAGCAUAAACAUAAAUACGGAAAGGGCGAGCCAUUGCUACCACAAUUACCACAGCUUCCCAAAUUGCAACCCUCACAUAAUACGGUUCUUAACCAUAUUCAUAAUUAUAAUCAUAACCAUAUCCACAACAAUAACCACAAUAAUAACCAAAAACAAAGAGUCACGUCAUUGGAUAUAGCCCAAUUGAAGAGCUUCGACAGCAACUUGGAGCAGUACUGGCAAGCACUUUUGGAAAUGUGCCAUCAAUCAAAACAUGGCCAAUUAAGGGACGAAGUUGCCAAUUUUAUCGAUCAAGCAAAAAUAAAGUUUGAAACACCAUAUGAUAAUUUAGCUACUUUGGUUGUUCUUAGCAGGUUGUCACCAACAUUUAGGUUGAUUGAAGCGACAAAAGAUAUAAACAGAGGGGAAUUUUCUCCCAGACUGCCGCAAAGACAAAUGCAAACUCAGCUACUGAAUAAUAUCAGUCAUUUACAACCCAUACAUUUGAAUUUGAAUUCGACACAAAUUUCUAGUGAUUCAAGUGGCAAACCUCUUUCCCUUGUGGAGGAAACAAUUCAGCAUACUCAACACUCACCUGUGAAAAAUAGAGUUUAUAAAAUGUCUAAAGUUUUUGCCGAAUCUGCAAUCACCGACUCUGCUAAUGAAAAUAAUGUCGCCACUGCUGCUGCUUCUUCUUCUGGUGCUUUUGCCACUAACAAUUCUGACACACCAAAUAUUUUGAAAACAACUCCAACUAAGAGUGUAAAUAGUUUUGAAGACAAUUCUCGAGUGAUGGGGAUGGUAUCCUCGGAAAGUUCAAGCACGCUUACGAGCUACACCUCCUUGAUUGAAGGCUAUGAUCGUGAGGAUGAAGGGGCAAAGCUUCCCAGAAGAGAGUCGUAUCUUAUUGAAAACAAACUAUCUACACCAAUAGUUGGGGGAUGUAUGCAUUGCAAGACUAGGGUAUUUAGCAAUUCUACAUCGCAACAUAUUGGUUGUGAAUGUGCACCCUCUUCGCCAACGCCUUCACCUCGAGCCAGUCCUGGAUCUAGCACUAGAAGGAGUACAUCACGAUCAUAUUCUAGAACUAAACGUCUUAGUUCAAUUCAAAGUGAUUCUGAAAGCUGUUUUGAUGGCGAUGUGGUUAAUAGCUUAAAAGUUGGUAAUGCGGCUUAUAACAAUACUCUUGGUGAGGAAGAUGAUUUGCACUGUUCUAGUGAGGAUGGUCGUUUGGGUCUGGCUGGAAUGCGUACACCUUUGACACCAAUGUCGAUGCACAAUGAACUAUUUAGUGUUGUUGAUUAUGACAAGUCUCCUUUUGUCCAGAGCAUGGGUGCAUUAACAACACCAACCAAGGAUUCCAAUACAUCACCAAAAGAGUAUAGCAAGUGUCCAAAGACAAUGAGCUGCUCUUCAAUCCCACUACCAAGUUUGCCAUCUCCAACAACCAAGAAUUUUACAGAUGUGAAUCUGCACUUGUACUCUACUUCGGCAUAUACUACACCUCCAUUACCAGCAAUUGCAGCUACUCCAACACCCGAGUCAAGAGCAGCUUCAGUUUCUUUGUCACUGCCACAAAAGAACCACAAACAAUGCAUAGAUCCUAUUCCGCCAUUUACAGUAAAGAGAGGUUCAAAUUCACUGGUUUUCCAAACACCAAACUCGCAAGUGUUGGGUGCAAAACAGGACACAAACGGUGGUGAAAAUAAUUGUGUUUUUCCGGCUGCUACUGCUACUGCCACUGCCACUGCUGCCACAGAAGAUUCAGAGAAUGUCGGAAAUAAAAAAGAUUCAUUAAAACAUGCUGUGUCUCAUUUCAAGUCAAUGCCAGAGUUAUCUGUGUCUGAUUCUGUUUUGUCUUUACAGCAAAAGAGUUGCGGUGAAUUUGUUAAGCUCAAAAUAUUCUUGCACAAUCAGACAAAUGAUAUAAUUGUAAUGAAGGUAAAUAAAUGCAAAUUGGAUUCGUUGGACUAUUUGAAACGCGAGUUGAGCUAUAAGAUAUAUAAGGAUUAUACACUUGGGUCUCGUUAUCUGUUUACAGUUUUGCAUGGUGAUAAUGAGGCAAAUGCACUGGUUGCAAACAUGUGCAACAACCAGGAAGAUUUCCUAGAUGAUGAUGCGUUGUUGAAGUAUAUAAAGAGUCAACGCAAGUGCAGUUUAAAAUUGAUGAGAAGAUAUAGCAGAGGAGUUAGUCAAUGA